CGUGUGGGGAAAGAUGGCGGCGCCCGAGGCGGCGUGGAACCGGCUGGAGGUGCCGUGGCCCGCGAGCAGCGCCACAGUGGCCCUGGUGGCCGAACACCCUGCAGUGAGAUGUUUACCGGCGCUGCGGCGGCUGUGUGUCAUCGCCCGCAAGCGGCUGUCGGGGACGGGCCUGGUUGUCGAGGGACGCGUGCUGCGGGCCGUGCUCUACGUCUACCACAGCAGGCUGCUGCGGCACCGGCCGUACCUGGCCCUGCAGCAGGUAGAGCAAUGCUUGAAGCGCCUAUGGAAAAUGAACUUGGUGGGCUGCAUUGAAACCCUAGCAGAACUGGUUCCCAAGAAAAACACAUCCCGAGGCCAUGCAGAGUGCUUGGUUCCCAGCCAGCCUAUACUGGAAACAGUGGCUCUGAAGGUAUUGGGAGGUUGCAAGCUCAUAAUGCGUCUACUGGACUGUUGCUGUAAAGCUUUUCUCUUGUCCGUUAAACAUCUCUGCUCAGAAGAAUUCAUACUUUUGAACACUGUGGCUUCAGGGUUGUUGAGCCGGCUAUGGAUUCAGUACAGGUGUGUACUGCAGAGCCUCGUGUCCUUGUAUGAUAUGUUAUCAACAUCACUUCAUCUGGUAUCUGAGACCCAACAGAUGCCUUACAUCAGGGGUUUUACCUUCCCAUCUGACAUCUGUAACUUCCUUGGAGUUAAUGUUUCUUCUGAGAUGAAGAAGCAAAAGGCUAGAAUGCUUACAACAAAGAAACCUACCAGCUGGAUGAAGAAGUUCUUCCCAACAAUGCCAGAGGCAGUGUCAGAUGUUGGGAAAAAGAGAAGUUCUGCAACUUGCAGGAGUGUUGUGAAAAACGGUGGCAUCCCAUGCCCCACAGACAUUGGAGAGCCAGUUCUGAUGACUGGAGCUAGCAGAGGGAAGCACCUGGGGCUUCAUGUGAAGAGCUUACUUAGACCAUCCAGACCUCCAGCGCAAGAGGGUAUAAGCAUCGCAUCAACACCUUUUAAAGCAAAGUCGGCAUCACUUUCCUCUCGUAUAGCAAAACUGGAGCAUGUUGGGUUUCUUGUACAGAUAGUCCAAAGAGCUACGUCGUUUGGUGAACUAUCAGAGGCGCUCAGAAAAGUUAUUCUGUGGUGCAAAGGCAAUAAAUUCAAGCCAGAAGCUUAUUUUCUGCGUAACAAGUUGUUGAAAAGCACCCGGCUGCACCAUGUGGAGGCUCAAGGAUGCAGCUUGAAGAAAAAACUGUGCUGUGUCAAAACAUCUGUCUGUAAGUACCUCCUGUAUGGGUCACAGAAGGCACACUGGCCAAAGCAGCACCUCCGGGCAUGGUUCUGUCAAAGGAGGUUCAAAUCAUCCGCACGUUUGAAGAGAACUCUGAAGACUGUUUGGCAAAAACCUCCUGAGCUUGCUGGAGUCUGUGAGCACAGUGCAUCGCCCAUUCUCCUAUCUUACCAGGAUGGGCUUUGGAGUCAGGCAGGACGUUCGAGUGCUGACAGAGGCUGUGUCAAACCAAGCACAGCAGAGACCCCUAAGCGGCUGCUACUGGACGGAAGCCCUGGCCCUAUGUGGAAAGAAACUACCGAGAACAUGGAUAUUGAUUCUAUUUUUGCCACAAUAGGUGUCUGAUGCUGGAUAUGCAGGGAGGAAAAGGGUCAAGUCAUUCCAAGUAUGUAUAUGAAUUUUCUUUUAAGUAAAAAAAUCAGAACCCUAAUGAUGUCUUGGUAACUCACACUGAAUUCUGCUAAGAAAGUGGCAACUGGUUUCUUAUAGUUUUGUAGAACAGCUGUUGCGUUGUUUUGUUUGGGUUUUUUUAUGGAAGGUUGUACCAAAAAACUGAAUAAUCGUCAUCCUUUCACUUAGCCUUGUCCUGGAACAGAGAGUUUGUUAUCCUUAUUCAGUAUCCCUUCUCUGUUGUUCAACCACAUGUUAAAUGUUGCUGUGAAACCCACAGCACAAUUAAUUACUAAGCAUGGCAGAAGUUUGUGGCCGAUCACUUCCUGCUGCUUAGGACAAAAGACUUGUUGCCACUUUUCCAACAAAGCAGUCUUACACCAUUCCUUCUGUGCUGUUUGUUUAGGGGACAGCCCUGACUUGCAGUAUUACUGUUGUUCAACAUUGUCCUUGUCCUGAAACGAGGCAUUAACUGAACCUGCCUCCAAGCUGCUCCAGAACCAGGGUCUCCCCUGCACAGCCAUGUGCCAUGGCCUGCAGCAGUAACCUCCUGACUAGUGCAUGUGUUCCAAAACCUUUUAAGUGCAAUUUCUGCCUGCCUGGCAAUGUAAGGCACAGCUACUCUGACAUGUAUUACUAAAUAAUGUUAGAACAAGCAACAGAGCUGAUGCUUUGUGCCAUGCUCUUGUAACUAGGUCCCAAGAUCAGGAUCAUCAGGAAAUACUAAGAAAAAAAUGUCCCCAAAUGCAGACUAGAAAUCUGCUUUGUUCUAGAGCACCUGUCUAAUAGCGGUAAGGAGAGGCUGUAAGUGAAGUUAACCUAUUCCAGAGCUACUUGCCAUUUUCUAGGCUUAAUAUUGCUAGAAAACAAAAGAGCUACGCCGUGUGGGACAGAAGAAAAAAUAACCUUCCUACCCAAGGAAGUGAUAAAAGCCCCUGUAUUACAGACCUUGUGUGAACUGAUCAAUUCACUUAUGAGAAGUGGGGACAAACAAAAUAUUUUAUUCAAAGAGCAUGUACAGAGCAAAGAGCAGAAUU